CGCGCGUCGAGUCGUCGUCAGUGUCGUCACGCGUCGGCGAGCGGCGCCUAGUCGGCGAUUAUCAGUCCGCGUUCCCCGCCUCGCUGUAGUCGCUGUUUCUCUCGCCCGCGCGCUCUCUCUCUCUCUUUCUCGCAGCGAGUUCUCCGCCGCAGCUCAGAGUCCGUGGGUCUCCGCGAGUCGCGUACGCGUCGGCAGGCACGCGCCGCGCAGAGGCAUAUACGCGUCAUUCGCGCGCGCACAUCGCGACAGGAAUUCGGAAGCGCGUACGCCGUUACGCUUCCUCUAACCCAGUCCCCCGGCGCGUUCGUAACCUCUCGUCUUCCUCGGCGAGACACUCCUCGCCUGCCCGGGUAGACGGGUCGGUUGACUCUGGUCAAGAUGGCCGAGAAGAGCGGUUCGCCGGCCGCCGCGGCUCAGGAACAGCAACAGCAGCAGCAGCAGCAGCAGCAACCGCAACCGCAGUUCCUGUCCAGCUUCGUCGGCGAGAUCGUCAAGAGCCCGGUGAACCUCGCCCUUGUGGGCGUCAUCGCCAUCCUCGUCUACAAGAUCGUCAAGGGCCGCACGCGGCCCGAGGAGCCCGUGCAGGAGGUGAAGAAGCUGCCCAAGCUGCGCCGCGACUUCGCGAUCGAGGAGCUGCCCAAGUACGACGGCAAGGGCCCGGACGGCCGGAUACUCGUCGCCGUCAACGGCAGCGUCUACGACGUCACCAGAGGCGCCAAGUUCUACGGCCCUGGUGGGCCCUACGAGGCGUUCGGCGGCCGGGAUGCCAGCAGGGCGCUCGCGAGGUUCGCCGUGGACGCCGCGACGGACAAGUACGACGAUCUGAGCGACCUGAACACCACGGAGAUGAAUUCCAUCAAGGAGUGGGAAGAGCAAUUCAAAGAGAGAUACGAUUACGUGGGGAAGUUGCUGAAGCCCGGCGAGGCACCGACAAACUACUCGGACGAGGAGGACGAGGGUAGCCAGCAGGAGACCGAGGCCAAGUCGGAGAGCUGCGACACAGAGAAAAAAGCGGAUCAUAGCGAGAGCGCCGGGAAGUCGAAGAGCGAAUGACCGCAUGGUCUUACAUUGGAGGCAGAACCGUUUCAGGAGACCGCCACGCACACGCUGUUGUUACAGAAAUCCUUGAAAUUGUCGCUCAUGAAUAUAUUUCUGGACGUUCGGCCGAAUGUUUUAUUACUUCGUAACGAUAAUCGGAUAAAGAGGCGAAACGCCGGCUUUUAAUCGCGUUGGAAGUUACAUAAAAUAACAUUGCCGGAGAAGAGCCCGGCGGUUCACACACAAUGAAGACUUUGUUUGGGCGCCCGACUCACACCGGUCGGCGUCGCGGGCCGCCCGUGUCUUUUAAUGUUUUUACAUAUGUACAAAAGAUUUUCUACAGCAAAACGCCGAGAGCCGGAUCGGUGGCGGCUACAACAACGUAUAUAUUCCAAUUGUAGAUUCCCGUUCAAUUACCUGUGUAUACCGCUGUGCGACGCGCACGGCGACGGUACGGCCGGUCGUAUUUCUGCGUACCCACGACGAGCACGCGGGCGUUACGAUGAAACCGAGCAUGCAUUUGGAGUUUAGUUUUAAGUCUACCGUGUGGAGUGCGAGUCCACUCGCGCCCGUGCGACCGCGGGAGAGACUGUACGCUCUGGAACAACGCGCCUGCAAACGAUCCGAUUGGCGCUCGUUGAUUCCGCCAAUGCGCUAAACGCGAAGUUUACAUCUACACUUUUAAUACGCAAAUCGUAUCGGACGUGUGAUUGAAAAUGAUGGAGAAAGGGGGUACACACCGAUUCGAUGGUCUCUCGAUCGGGCAGAUUGCAUUUUGUUUUUUUUCCGUGUAAAAGUUUUAAUUGCUGAAACCGAAAGCCGAGCGUGACGCGUGCGUUACUAAUACUUUACACACGAAUAAACUUAACGGAACUCGUGUCGUGCAUUUUGGCAUUGUAAAAUUUCGUUGCAAGGGCACAAUAGGACGUCACAUUCGCGUACUUCCGCGCGGCGUCGUCCCUCGGCGCCGCGGCGCAUCGAUUUGUUAAUGCUGUCCAACGGUUUAUUCACCAGUAAAAUAUGGUUUUGGUAAAUAGUUAUACCUGAGAGAAUAAGUUUAUGAAUAAAGGUUAAUAUUAGAGUUACGUUAUAUACAUAUAUAUACAUUAUAUAUAUAUAUAUAUAUUUCUACAUACACGUGAAAUGUUUGCAUGCACUUCCUACAUAAUUUAAAGUUCCGUCGGUGUAAGUCACGUUGUAUUUUACGUCUUGUUGGCAUUUAAAGGUGGCAAGAAGAAAAUUAUUUAUUAUAUACCACGCGUCGUCUUAGCUGAUCGAAGAAACAAUGGUGUAUAUAACUUAUCAUGGCUAGAUAGUACUGAUUGUGACAAAUAAAGUUUUAUUAUUGUUUAUAUUAAUCCAACGGCGAGAAAGGGAGUGUGAGUGCACGUUCAGUCCGAUCGUCGUCAUGUACACGAAUAAUAUAUGGAUACUUUUAUUCUCUAAUUAUUUACGAAGCGACUUCUCUCUCCAUUCUCGGGCGAGCCUCUCGGCGUCGCGCGAACGUGUUUUGCUCGACGAGAUUGCAGUUGAUUGACCAGACCAAAUAGAUGAAAUUGCCAUAGACGCAAUCGGAGUAGGAAUCUCGGCAAGUUCGCGCGCAUUCUCGACCGUUCCAAGUGAAUGUCAACUUUAGAUUCAAGUUCAUUUCUACCAAUGCGGGUUUGUCUUGUUUGCUCUUCUGGUUCCAAAAAUUGGAAAGGGAUAAGAAGUUAAAGCGAUAAACCGAGAUUAAUCGGUAGAAAUGGACAACGUAUCGAGACACACGAUUUAAGAAGUUGGCCAAUCGCAAUCGAUUGGCCAUUCUCUUAAAUCUUACCGCAGACGUCGUGGAAUAGCAUACAUAAUAUGUCUAGAUUUUAUAUUUAAUUCCUCUCUUUCCCUCAAUGUGAGUGUAUCUGCGUGUUCGCAGUGUUAAAUAAACUCGAUUCGCUGA